AUGGCAUCCAAUCUCAAUGGCCAUGUGACCUUGGCUUCAGAGCCUCAGAGAGAUUUCCAAGUUGUCGUCGCUGCAACCAAGGAGAUGGGCAUCGGUAAAGACGGAAAACUUCCCUGGACUUUGCCUACUGAUCUCAAAUUCUUCAAGGACUUAACACUGACCACUUCUGAUUCCACCAAGAAGAACGCUGUUGUGAUGGGUAGGAAAACGUGGGAGUCUAUUCCCACAAAGUAUAGGCCACUCUCUGGUCGCCUCAACGUUGUCUUAACUCGUUCAAGCGGCUUCGACAUAGCCAACACAGAGAAUGUUGUAACGUGCAGGAGCAUCGAUUCCGCGCUAGAUUUAUUAGCUGCACCUCCGUAUCGUUUGUCUAUUGAGAAGGUGUUUGUAAUAGGAGGUGGUGAAGUAUUGAGGGACUCGUUGAAUGGGCCGAGAUGCGAAGCUAUCCACUUAACUGAGAUUGAUACAAGUAUUGACUGUGAUACAUUUAUUCCUGCCAUUGACACUUCUGCAUAUCAGCCUUGGUGUUCGUCUCUUCCAACGUGUGAAAAUGGACUUCGGUUUUCCUUCACCACUUAUGUUCGUGUGAAGAGCUCUGAUGAGAGUGAUGAGUCAAAGGCCAUUCAAGUUGAUUGGAAAAAGUUUUCUUCUAUUCUUCCUAAAAAGAUUUUUGAGCGGCAUGAGGAGUUUCUCUACUUGAAUAUGGUCAGUGAGAUCAUCUCAAAUGGGAACUUAAAGAACGAUAGGACAGGGACCGGUACAUUAUCUAAAUUUGGCUGCCAGAUGACGUUCAAUUUGCGCAGAAGCUUUCCACUUCUGACUACAAAGAGAGUUUUCUGGAGAGGUGUUGUUGAAGAACUUCUAUGGUUCAUAAGCGGUUCAACCAAUGCAAAGCUACUUCAAGAAAAGGGUAUCCAUAUUUGGGAUGGGAAUGCGUCAAGAGAGUAUCUUGAUGGUAUUGGACUAACUGAGAGAGAAGAAGGUGACUUGGGACCCGUUUAUGGAUUUCAAUGGAGACACUUUGGUGCCAAGUACACAGACAUGCAUGCUGAUUAUACUGGCCAAGGAUUUGAUCAACUCUUAGAUGUUAUUAACAAGAUCAAGAACAAUCCUGAUGAUCGGCGGAUUAUAAUGUCGGCUUGGAAUCCUUCUGACCUUAAACUGAUGGCACUUCCACCAUGCCACAUGUUUGCUCAGUUUUACGUAGCAAAUGGAGAGCUUUCCUGUCAAAUGUAUCAGCGUUCAGCUGAUAUGGGUCUUGGUGUGCCGUUUAACAUUGCUUCUUACUCCCUUCUUACAUGCAUCCUCGCUCAUGUUUGUGGUAAUGUUUCAAACUUUUCACUACAGAAAUGAAGCAAGCUCUGAUUUGGAAUCUGCCAUGUAUUUUGAUGUUUGUGUUGAUUAUUAUGCAGAUCUUGUUCCUGGUGAUUUUAUACAUGUGAUUGGAGAUGCUCAUGUUUACAAAAACCAUGUUAGGCCUCUGCAAGAGCAACUUGAGAACCCACCAAAACCGUUUCCUGUUCUGAAGAUAAAUCCAGAGAAGAAACACAUUGAUUCUUUUGUGGCUGCUGAUUUUGAGCUCAUUGGCUAUGAUCCUCACAAGAAAAUAGAUAUGAAAAUGGCUGUUUAGUCUCCCUCGUAAAACAGGGUUCUCACAAAGAAUGUUUUUUUUUUCUAUUUAACCAAAACUUAAAGUUUUGUCUUUGUGUGUGACGUUCUUUUGAUUCAAACGUGUGAGAUUUUAAUCGGUUUUCAUUUAGUUUAAGAUAAUUUUCUAUCUAAUAUCCAAAUGGCAUUUUAUUUUUUCAACAAAAAAUAUCUAGAAAAUUCCAGUGAGAGGAACUAAUAGUUGAUUCGG